AUGAAGUUAUUCUACCACUCUUUCAGGGAUAAAUUUGACAAGAAGGAGAAUUUCGGAUACAUUUCGAAGAAUAAUGCAGUGAUAUUACAAAAUUACAGAGAUCUUUUUAAAAAAACUCUCGACUCUGAUUUACACAUUUUUAACUCUGAUCAGGUUAGGUUCUCGGCAACCGUUUUGCUGUUUAUUGGAACCACUAAUGGUAAAAAUUACAAUUUAUUAUUGAACAAGAAGAAGAUUCGUUGGUUUUUGGUGAACUGUAAGUCUGGAAACACUGGAUUCUCAAAGAGGCUUUCUCAGCUUAUAGACUAUGACGAGAUGGGAUCCUCUGUUGACGAAAAGAUUUCAUUUCUACUACUUCAGCCCACGUUUCUGGUCAACGACAUUUUAAUUACCAAAUCAUUUCUAAUUAUUUACUAA